AUGUCCUUCUACUAGAGACUAAGCGAACCUGUCAAGUAUCACUUUGUGAAAUUGGUAUUGCUUUUCGACGCUGACGGUAGCUAUUGGAAGCUUUUCCGCAAGAUCACUCGGUUGCUCAAGAAGAUUUUGCGCGACCUCGAAGCUCGGCCAGUGAGGUUGAGGAAUUGAGGACUUCUACCGACCUCUUACCUAGUUUAUCGACCUCCGAUACAACAACGCCCGAUCACCUUUGACAUAGUACAUACGCCCACACCAGAUAGCAGAUAACAUACAGCAAUCAUGUCGUUGUUCUCCUCAUCCCUGGCACCCGGCUCGGCCGUGGUAACCUCGAUCCCGACCUCGUCCAACCCGUUCUCAGUCUCUUCUUCCUCACCAGCAAAUGGAGGUGAUAAGAAACGAAAACGACCCAGAGAAUCCGAUGCCACCCGGUCCAUUCCUACAAACUCUACACCUACGAAGAAAGGAAACAACAACCCCGGUGGAAGUAAUGGUGGUGGAGCGGUCAAGGAUGCUUAUCAGAAACGGUCGACGAUCGUAGCCGCCCAGGCGAACUUGGAGAAGCUGAUGAAAAAGGUCGGGAUGACCGGGGAAGUCGAGUCACCAUCCUCUUUCAACCACAAUAAUGCCAAUUCGAGGCCUGCUCCUAGCUCUAGGAGAAACCGAGGCACGCCCAAAUCUAAGUUUGACAACGAUGACGAAGAGACCACUCGGGGUGCAUUUUCAGACGAAGACAACCAAGAGAAUUCAGGUUCGACUUCAAACCCGACUCAAAAGAAGAGGAAGGUCAAACACGGCCUAGACGGACGACCCACGGGUGCAGCUGCGGGGAAGGUGGAUCCGUUAGCGGGGUUGUUAGGUGGGAAGGGUAAGAAGGAGAAGAAGGUGGACGGGGGGAAGGGCAAGGGACAGGGACAGGUCAGGCCGAAGGAGAAGGAGAAUGUCAAGGGACAGGCUAUACCGACCAAGACAGCGACUAAAGCUCAGGCUGAAGUACAAGCGUCUUCUGCUCAUGCUCGGUCCGAGGUCGACCUUGAGAUCGAGGACCAAAACGGCUCGGAAGCCGAAAUCGACGAACCAACCACCACCUCUCAAGCUCAACCUCAACAACUCACCUCCCUCCAAAACUCUUUGACGUCAAAGUUGUCCUCGGCCAAGUUCAGGUGGUUGAAUGAACAGCUUUAUACGACGCCGAGUGGGAAGGCUUGGGAGUUGAUGAGAGGGGAAGGGGGGAGGGCGUUUGAUGAUUACCACAACGCACACCGACAACAGACUUCCGCCUGGCCUUCCCCACCCUUGCCAUUCAUCCUGCGGACGAUCCUCACACGUCUUUCGGCAUCUACGAACCCCCUCCCGGUCGGAUCGUUCAUCAUCGACCUAGGCUGCGGGGAUGCCGAAUUAGCAAGAGACUUGAUGAACUCGGAAGUUGGGAGGGGAAAGGGGGUGAAAGUAGCGAGUUAUGAUCUGGUUGGGAAUGUCGAUUGGGUGGAAUCAUCCGCCAAACCUACUUCCACGAACGCAGAAUCGGUGGAUGGGGAGAAAGUGAAAUCGAAAGGCCGAGGAUGGGUCGUUCCCGCCGAUUUCCUCAGUUCGAUCCCCCUCCCAGGAAAUCCUGGCGGGUCCGACCUACCAACCACUUCGGCGGAACCGAUCGCGGUGUCCAAAGCCAAGAAACGUCGGGACAAGAAGAACGGUCUGGGGGCGAGUGCGGAUCUGGUACCGGUCGGACCGGAGUUGGUGGAUGUGGCUGUUUGUUGUCUGAGUUUGAUGGGGAUUAAUUGGGUUGGAGGGGUUUAUGAGGUCGCGAGGGUGCUCAAGGAAGGAGGAAUCUACUAUGUAGCCGAGGUGACCUCCCGACUGGUCGACAAGCCGGGUUUCAUCGCUCUGAUCUGUUCGUUCGGUUUCGAGUUGGUCGAACACAAAUCGCCUACAACCCAUUUCGACCUGUUCGAGUUCCGAAAGACUUCGCCGUUCCCCCUGGGUAAGGUCAAGGGACAGGAAGGAUGGUUGGAACGGGUCAAGAGCGGGGAGAAGGUCAUGAAGGGGUGUGUGUACAAGAAGCGAUGAGGUGGCCGGACGGCACGCGCGCGGAAUUGCUUGCUGUAUUUCGAUGUGAUGUGGUGCAAGUAUAUGGAUAUGCAUGGCGCAAGCGAUAUCAUCCCCGCGGUGGGAGGGACAGAGAAUUCAUUGGCAAUUAUGCCAAGGCUACGGCGGUACUCGGCAUUGCUCAUACAUCAGGGUUCUUCGUCAACCUUUGAUGACAGCGACUAAAGG